CGAGUUGUCAUGUACUCAUCUCAUACAGAUAAUAUAAUAUUAAUUUUAUGAUUUUGAAUGGAAUAUUCAUUUUAUGAAGUGAGUAUAAAUAUUGAGACACAGAAUUACUCAUCUCAGAAAUCAGAAACGAGAGCAAGCCUAUCGCAAAGAAGACUGCCUUCUGACUUCAAGUUAGAGAAAUCAGAAACGAGAGCAAGCCUAUCGCAAAGAAGACUGCCUUUUGACUUCAAAUUAGAGGUUGUGAGGAAUCAUGGAAUCCAAAUUUGUGAUCAAUAAUAGUUCAACAGAAAAGGGCGUGUUGCAAACCGCAGAGUUAUACAAUUAUAUAAUGGAUACUAGUGUGUAUCCACGAGAACACCAGUUUCUCAAGGAGCUCAGGGCUAUCACAUCCACUCAUCCAAGGGCUGUGAUGGGUACAUCACCUGAUGUGGGACAGUUUAUGGACUUGCUUCUAACAACAAUCAACGCGAAAAAGACGAUUGAAAUUGGAGUGUUUACUGGAUAUUCCCUUCUUCAAACUGCGCUCGCAAUUCCAGAGGAUGGAAAGAUCACAGCCAUAGACGUGAACCGGAGCUGGUAUGAGAUAGGAUUACCUAUCCUCGACAAGGCAGGGGUGACGCACAAGAUCAACUUCAUCGAAUCUGAGGCUCUUCCGGCUCUUGAUCAGUUACUGGAAGAUCCAGAGAAUAAGGGGACGUUUGACUUUGCAUUUGUCGAUGCUGAUAAACGCAACUAUGCAAAUUACCACGAGAGAGUGUUGGAACUUCUCAAACCAGGAGGUAUAGCUGCUUACGAUAACACCCUUUGGGCAGGGACGGUGGCAAUGGAUGAGGGUUCGGUUCCGGAGAUGAAGCUGGCUUCAAGGAAGGCUUUGAUAGAGUUUAACAAGUACAUUGCAGGUGAUGCUAGAGUGCAGAUUUCUCUAGUCCCUCUUGGUGAUGGGAUCACUGUUUGUCGCCGUAACUGAAGCACUGCUGCCGUGCUCCUCAUUCAUAGCUAAGCAGCAUCUUAAUAUGUAGGAAUAAAUUUUUAAAUAAAUUGGUGUUUGAUGCAUGUUGGAAUAAAUUUUUAAAUAAAUUGGUGUUUGAUGCUCUGCAAAUUGUUUCCAAGGUUGGAUUGUUGGGAUGUUUAAGUCAUUUCACAAGGUUUGUUGUGGGAUGAUAGUGUUGAAUUCUCCCUAAUUGUUUACAUUUGGGUCUAUAAAUGAAUAGUACUGUAUUAUAUGAUUCAUUAAGUACAUGAGAAAGUAGCU